GACACCCCAUCAGGACCCCUCGUCUCCAGGCAGGGGCCACUAGAACAGGACACCCCAUCAGGACCCCUCGUCUCCAGGCCAGGGCCACUAAAACCAGACACCCCUAUGACCCUUCAUCUCCAGGCAGGGGCCACUAGAACAGGACACCCCACUAUGACCCUUCUCCAGGCAGUGGCCCCUAGAGUCACACCCCCUCCUAUGACCCUUCUCCAGGCAGGGGACACUAUACCUGGACACCACACUAUGACCCUUCUCCAGUCAGGGGCCACUGUACCUUGACACCCCACCAUGACCCUUCCCCAGUCAGGGGCCACUGUACCUGGA